AUGACUUCUCUCUUCUUGACCGCCUUCCUCUCCCUCUCCGCGACAGCGAGCGCAGCAACCUCAGGGAACCAAAAUCAAGUAACCUGGGCUUCUGUAGUCUUCACCUACCAUGGCGAGAAAAUCCCUUUCUUUCACCAGUCCCCGUAUAACCUGACUCCGCUGGGCGCAAACCAACUGCUCCAAGCAGGACAGGCAGUUCGGUCGCGAUACAUCAGUCCACCGACCAAUGGCUCCCAGGCCGACGCAAAGCCCAUCAACGGCAUCAGUAUGAAUGGGAUCGAAAAUUCUCAGAUGGACAUUUUGAGCACUAGUGACGAAUAUGUCAGUGCUAGUGCGCUGGCAUUUAUGCAGGGCUUGUAUCCACCGAGGAGCACGGCUACUGCCGUCGUGGAUGAAGAGAGUAUGAUGGGAAGUGGGAGCUUGUUACAGUUUCCAUUGAGUGGGUAUCAAUACCCUAAUGUUCGGACAUUGAGCGAUCUAGAUUUUAAUUAUAUAUGGCUUGCUGGCGAUGUCGGAUGCACGAACUAUUCCAUCAACCAAGUAAAUACGCUUGCCUCCUCAGCAUUUACCUCACAGAUGGCGGCAAACGAGAUCGUGUAUCAAAACCUCGCCGAUUCUCUCUUCCGGGACUUAGACUCGAGCGUCAUCAACUAUGCAAAUGCAGAAAACCUUUACGAAUAUGCAUUAUUCGAAUACAACCACAAUACAACCGUGCAGGGUUCGCUCUCUCCUGCCACCCUGGAUCAACUUCACAGCCUAGCUUCUGCGCAACAGCAGGCUUUCAACUCGCAAAAUGGAGGAAACGGAAUAGGUGCCAUCGCCGGACGGACAAUCGCAAGUAAGGCUUUCCAGCAACUCUCGCAUAAUAUCGCAUCAGGCGGCAUCUCAGAUAAACUCACCCUCAUGUUUGGAUCCUUCCAACCUUUCCUUUCAUUUUUCGAGCUCUCAGGGCUCAGCGCUGGCCCUUCAGCCUCGACUUUCCAAACGCUCCCUGACCACGGUUCGAUGAUGGCCUUCGAGCUAUUCUCCUAUUCCCCAAGCAGUGCAGACGGGAACGCCACUAUUCCAUUCCCAAACACCGCCGACUUAUGGGUACGCUUCCUCUUCCGCAAUGGCUCAAGUGAAGAUGCGCCCAUGGUCUCGUAUGCCUUGUUUGGCAAUGGGAACCAGGCGACUGAUAUGAGUUGGAGUGACUUCUCGAAGGGAAUAGAAGGACUCGGCCUCAAUGGCGUGGAGGAUUGGUGCAGUGCAUGCCAAUCAUCGAAUCUCUUCUGCAAAGGGAUCGAGGAUAACUUGACUAACUACACACUUGUGGGCACCAAAGGUCGGAGAAACAAAAACAAGAUAUCACCUGCAAUUGCCGGUGUCAUUGGUGCUACCACCACCUUGGGCUUGUUUAUUUUGCUGUCAUCAGUGCUAUGCUUGCUUGGAUUCCGUAUCGACCAUCGGGAGGAGAAAAAGGGUUCCAACCAUGGAGAUCUUGGCGGAUUGCGUAGAAGCGGAGGGUUUAAAGGCGCGGAGAAGUUGGCCAGUGAUACCGACUUGACAGUGAAAGGCACCACCGCGGGAGCAAGCGUCGUACGACAUGAGCGAGUUGGGAGCUGGGAAUUGAAUGAAAGCCCGACAAGCCCUGGCCGCCAUUCCAGCUUGGAUAAGGAGAUCGAAAGCGGUAGGAGGAUGACCAAAGCUGACUAUAGCCGGAGGAGCGAGGAUGGAAUUGGUAGUGUCAAUCCUUUUGGAGACCCAGUUAAGCCGGUAGAUCAGGUGUGA